AUGUUUAAUUUAUUUAAAUAUAACAAAAAUGAAAUAAAUAAAUUAAAUUAUAUUAAAAGAUUUAUUUUCAAUAAAAACAAUGGGAAUAGCAACUCAUCAUCGUCAUCAUCAUCAUCUGUAGGUCUAUUAGGUAUUAAAGAAUUAAAAACACCAAAUGGUUGGAUAGAACUAUUCGAAAAAAAGAAUGAAAGAAUUCAAGAGAUUAAAGAAAUGAUCCUACCAAAUAAAAUUAGUAUAAAAUCUAAUGUAAACCACUUAAAAGAAACACUUUAUUAUGUUGACGAAAUAUCACAACAGCUAUGCGAUUUGAUGGAUCCUGCUCAAUUUACAAUGAAUAUAGUGCCAAACCCACAACAUAAAAAGAAAUCACAAGAGGCGUUUUUACUAAUGGCGGAAACUGUUAACCAACUCAAUGCAAAUAGCCAAAUUUACGAACUGUUACUAUCAAUUAGAUCUCAUCCAGAAUACUCCCAACUUCCAAAUGACCAUAAACUAUUUUUAAAUGAAAUGAUUAAAGAAUCUGAAACCAAUGGUAUCAACCUAUUACCACAUAGAAAAGAAGAUAUCAUGCGAUUAAAAGACGAAAUUUUAUACCAUGGAAACGAAUUUGUGAGGUCCUCAAAAACAGUACAUAAAUAUCCACCAAAUUUUGUAAUUGAUAUUCCUUACAGCAAGAUUAAGGACCAUUUACCAACAAGUUAUCUAUCACAACUCUCACCACAAAAGCCCAAUGGCUUUGUACCAUUUGUACCAACAGAUUAUUUAGUUGAUGGUAUAUUAAAAUAUGUACCGGAUCCAAAGAUAAGAUCAGCUGCCCAUUCAUUACAAUCAAUGUCAAAAUCUUAUGAUCCUGUAAUUGAUCACCUUACUGCAAUGUUGGAAAAGCGUUACCAAUUAGCCAAAACUUUAGGUUGCAAUACUUUUGCCGAUUACGAAUUAAAAAACAAACUAUUAAAAACACCGCAACAAGUUUACCAGUACUUAAAUGAACUAUCGGACGCAAAUAAAUUAAAAUCAAAUUUAGAAUUAAAUCAACUUAUCGAAUUAAAAAAAAAAAUGGAACCAGAAAAUGAAAAUAACAAUCUAAUAUAUACAUAUGAUUUAGCAUUUUAUAAGAAUUUGUUGACCAAAGAUUUUUAUCAAAGCCAAUCUUUGGAUAAAGAAGAACUAUCGCAAUAUUUUUCUUUGGGUAAUGUAAUAAACGGCUUCAAUAUUAUCGUAAACAAUUUAUUUGGUGCAGAGUUAACAAUUGUUCCAAUGGAACCAGGUGAAUCUUGGGAUCCAUCUGUAUUAAAAUUAGUACUAUCAAAAAAAGAUGAAGGAAUCUUGGGUAUACUCUAUCUAGAUCCAUGGGAGAAUCACGAAAAAUCACCAGGUUGUAUUAAUCAUCCACUCAGUUUAGGUUAUAAAAGACAUUCAAAACUAUUCAAGAAUAAUGACGAUGUAAAACCAAACUCCAACUAUUUAGAUAUCAACGAAUAUAAUGUACCAAAGUGUUCAAUUACAUGUUCAUUCAUUCAAAACGAUUUUAAAAACCCAUUAAACUCAAAAUUACCACACUGUGAUGUCGAAGUUUUAUUCCACGAGUUUGGUCACACCUUACACACUUUACUUAGUCGUUCUAAUUUCCAACAUUUAUGUGGUACUAGAGGCCCAACCGAUUUCAUUGAAAUACCAAGUACCCUAAUGGAAAAUCUACCUUGGAAUUCAAAUUUACUCGAGCAAUUUGCUAUUAAUCCUGCUGGUAAACCAAUUUCAAAUGAAAUGAUUACAAAUCUCAGAAAAACCAGGACCCUAUUUGAGGGUUUAGAAACUCAAGACCAAAUCGCUUUAGCUUUAUUAGAUCUUAGUCUCCAUACCACCGAUAGUAAUCCUUCAAACAUAUCACCUGCCCAAAUAUUAAGUAAAAUACAACAACAAAACAUUGGUAUUCAAGGUUCUGUUACAAAUCUAUUUUUAACCUCAUUUAAUCAUCUAUUUUACUAUGGUGCCUCCUAUUAUAGCUAUCUUUUGGCCAAAGACUAUAGCAAACGUAUUUGGUUUAAUCAUUUCAGCCAUGGCGAUCAACUAAAUAGAGAAAAAGGUGAAUAUUACCGUCGUAACUUUUUGCAACCAGGUGCAUCUAUCGAUCCCUCAUUAAUUUUAAAAAAAUUUAUUAAUUAA